GGUUCCGAUUUUAGAAUAUUUUACUUGUAUGCAGUUCAUUUUCUCUCUCUUUCCUCCUUCCAUGACUUCUGUUUCUCUGAACCUACCAGCUCCUACUAUACAAGAUCAAACUCAUCUCUUCAUUUCUCCUGAUAAUCACCAAUCAACUCUCUCAUGUUACUCCUUCUUCCACAUAUUAGACCAAAGCCAGGCCAAAGAUAUCAGAUACUUCAGACAUGCUGAUCAAGAGGAUGUGAAGUUUGUAUUUCAUGGUGGAUCAUCAGAUAAUCAGCAAUUUACGUCGUCCACUCAACGUAAUAAGUCGGUUAUGGCGGAUCCAAAUAGCAGCGCGUGUGGCCACCUAGCAGAAGAGGAAAUAGAGGAACAAGAGAACAGAAGAGGAAAUUACGAGUAUGAAAAAUGGUUGUCUUCAAAUGUGAGGUUGACGAGAAAAAUGAUGAGCCCACCUAGCAAUAAUUUAGCCACAAACAAAGCAUUCGAUAUAAUUAGGGUUUGUGCAGAUUGUAACACAACCAGUACCCCACUCUGGAGGAGUGGUCCUAAUGGUCCUAAGUCACUUUGCAAUGCCUGUGGCAUUCGGCAGAGGAAGGCAAGAAGGGCAAUGGCAGAAGCUGCGAAUAGUUGCAUGGAUGCAAAGUCUAGAGUUCGUCAUCAGAAGGAAAAGAAGUGUCGUAGAAACCAUUUUGCAGGGUUCAAGAAUAAGUUCAAGACUGAUAGAGGAACAUUAUCUGAGGAGCAGAAAGUGAGGAUUCAUUUGAAAGAUUUUUCUGUAAGUUUAAGGGAUGAUUCAGCUUUGAAGCAAGAGUCUCCAAUGGAUGAAGUAGCUCAGGCAGCGAUGCUUCUUAUGGAUUUAUCUAGAGGCUUUCUUUACUAAUAAGCACAACUAUUUCUUCCUUGUAUUCAUUUUCCUCUAAUAUCCUAUAUAUUGACUAAUAUUAAC